AUGGAGGUGGUAGGGGACGCGCCUGGGGCCUCUUCUUCGCCUAAUAACUCGAAUGCCACCCAUACAGCUCUCGAUCCACUCUUGCCCGAGAUCCGCGUCCUGGAGUUGCUGCCCGCAGCAAAUUUUGACGCACCGCUAGAGUGCCGGCUGGUUCACCGACCUCUUUACGGCAACUCUCAUGAGUACGAAGCCUUGUCAUACGUAUGGGGGGAGCCGAGAUUUACAGCCGAGAUCACCCUGAACAAUGAGCAGUACUUCAUCACUCCAAAUCUGGAUUUGGCCUUGCGUCAUUUGAGGCGCCCAUCUGCGGAGCGCACACUCUGGGUUGACGCGUUGUGCAUCCACCAGUCUGACCUCGUGGAGCGUAGCCAACAGGUUCUUUUAAUGAAAGACAUCUACAGUCAUUGUACCGUCGACCUCGCCUGGCUGCCGACCUCCGCAGAGCCGAGCCGGUUUUCGUGGGAGGUUGGCAAAAUCCACCAAGCCUUCGAGCUGAUGAAGAGAAUCAGUUUCAAGGAUGCAGAGACCCUGGCCGAGAUGCAUGAUGGACCCCAUGGGCACAGCAAUAAAAGGGCUGAGAGUGGGGCCUUCCUGCUGGGUGUUGAGGAACAAAUGGCACUCACCGUGGCUUUUGGCGGCGCGGGCAUCUGGUCUCGCAUAUGGACCAUGCAGGAACUCGCAUGCGCCCCGCAGGUGAGGCUGGUGGCGGGCCCCCAUGAACUAGACUGGGCCGUGGUGGCCGCGUUCCUCGGGGACAGACCCUAUGCGGACGCUUUCCACGCGGCCUUCGGCCAUCGAGGGAGUGGCAGGGCGCUUGAUCUCUUCUUUUCAGGAGUCGUGAGGGUGUACGACCAACGGCUGGCUUUUGCCGACGGAAACUACCGGUCAAAUCUUCUGGACACCCUGGCCCGGUUCCAGCGGAAUGGAGCCAGUGACCCGAGGGACUGUGUAUAUGGCCUCCUGGGCCUGGUUACAGGUCAGCACGGCAUUGUCGUUGACUACACUAUAUCAACCAAACAGCUCUUCAUGGAUACAGUGACCUCCGUCAUACAUGCCUCGCAAGACCUCGACAUUCUUUGCCAGACGGCCUUGAUGACUCGUUAUCGCUCCGAGAAUCCGCAUGGGCUGCCCAGCUGGGUGCCUGACUUCUCCAGCAGCUUCUAUCCCGACGCACACCGGGCAAUUCUGUUCGCGCAGCGUGGUAUCUAUGCCGCUGGCAGGGCACAUCUCAACGCUCCGUGUCAUGUCAUCGAUAAUCACUUCCUGCCCCUCAAAGUAGUGGUCCUCGGUUGCUUGCAGGGUGACGAAACCGUGCAAACCACUCGUCAUAUCCGAGGGUUCACUUCGGUCGGAGACUUUCGCACGUGGCAGGUAGAUAAGGCUUCCCAGAAAGAUUCCCUGACUUGGCAGGUAUUCGGAGCACCCCUCACAUGGCUCAAGACUUCCGGACUCGGAACCUGCAUGUUAUCGGGUGAGACUCGAUAUAUGAAAACUGGAGAGACAGCAAUGAGAGCAUACUGGCGAACUCUUGUCAUGGAUUGCGGUGGGUACCCGAUCACACGACUUACAGAUGCUGAGAUACUAGAAAACGAUCUCGCUUUUAACAAUGUCCUCGACUUUUUGGUGGACAAGGACAAGGUGGAAUGUGCAACAUCGAAGCAAACCCAUGAAAGGUCGAUAGCUGCAAAACGGCCUGACGAGCAUCUUCCCAUGGGUGGGGGCAAUAAGAUGGCUACCGAGACUUUGCUUCGUCUUUGGGAAAGUAUGCCGGAAAAGGUAUCGACGAUGUGGUGUCGGAAUUACCAGUUCUGGACCUUCUCGGUGACGGAUAACGGCCUGUACACAAUGGUCCGAGAUUCAAUAGCUGGAGACAUCAUUGUUUCCGCCGAGGGAGCCAAAGUUCCCUUGGUUCUGCGCGAGCGAGAAAGUCACGCUGGGUGCAGGACAUAUUGUCUCGUAGGAACAGCCUAUGUGCACGGAUACAUGGAUGGGGAAGCUUUGGACAUGAUGAGAAAAGGGGCACUGCGCGAGGAAGAAAUUCUUUUACGAUGA